CCUUGGUGUAAGUUUUUCCUACUUUUCUUUUGUUCUGUUUUUCAUUUGCGGAUAUUAUUAUGUUUAGUAGCAUUUUAGAGAAUAAAAAUGCUAUGGAUGGGAAGACUGCUUGUAUUCCUAACAGUUACAAGAAUAUCGAUAGCCCAAUGCGGCAAUGGAUUAAAGAGCGAUCUAGAAGAUAAAAUAGUUGGAGGAAGAAAAGCAGUGCAAGGAGAGUUUCCAUGGCAGGCAUCACUACAGCGAAGAUACCCCAGUGGAUUUUAUCAUAUAUGUGGUGCUACACUAGUUACGUCAGAGUGGCUAGUUACUGCAGCUCACUGCAUAACCCUAAGCUCUGUCAAAAUGUACCGGGUGCUAAUGGGAAGCAACAACUUGACAACGUUGAAUGGAUCACUAAAAUCAUUACAUUUCGUAAAAACGAUUGUAAUCAAGCAAGGUUUCGACCCUGAAACUUUUCAUAACGAUAUUGCACUACUGCAAAUAUUUCCUAAAGCAGCAACUUCUGAUUUCAUCUGUUUGCAAGAUACACCUCCGGAUGUUAAUAUUUCAGCUAUUGUUCUUGGUUGGGGAGCAACUACUGAUGGGGGUUCUGCUUCAAACGAAUUGCAAGUGGCAGAAGUAGCUCUUAUUCCUCGGGGCGAGUGUUUGGAAUACUAUCACGAUCUGUUGUUGGAAUCCAUGAUAUGCGCUGGUUAUUCCGAAGGGGGUAUCGAUGCCUGCCAAGGUGAUUCUGGCGGGCCUUUGAUGCAAUGGCGGAAGAAAACAGCAUACCUGAUUGGCGUCGUAUCUUGGGGCAUCGGAUGUGCAGAACCGUUGCAUCCAGGUGUAUACACGGAUGUCUCCCUUUUCGCUAACUGGAUACGAUAUUAUACUUCCCCAUAGCUGUAAUUGUAAUUCAAUUAAAUUUUACUGCUUUUUAAAAUGGAUCUGCUUAGUCUGAUGGCGUUUUAACUCGUUGCGAAAACUAGCUCCUUCAUAUAAAUCUUUAACGGCCGGAUUUGCGAACAAUUUGUACCUCAGGCACUCGAACAUCUUCUGUUAAUUUAUUCACCAGUCGAUUAAAACCUCCAUCAAACACCCGAACCGCCGAUCGAAGCCUUCUUCAAUUUCUGAGAAGGCUUCAUUCUGCGGUUCGGAUGUCUGACGGAGGUUCGAGUUGGCUAAUGAAUAAGCCCGUUAGAGGCCUUCUUCAACUGAUGAGAAAACUUUAAUUUGCAGUCUGGGUGUCUCAUGGAAGUUCGAGUCGGCUGGUGAAUCUGACCGUAAUCGAUUUUGAAAAAAACUCCAGAGUGUAUCUUUGACCCAUUGUAGAUAAGUACACUGUGAUGACACCUAUUUUGCU